AUGUUUAUCUUUAUUUCUAAAGAACCUGAAAGAAGGCUAGCUAUUGUGUCCGACUCGUAUGCUCUUGUUCUUAAACCAGUUGGGAAAAAACCAUCUGAUAAACCUCUAUGUGCUAUUGAGCUUCUACCAAAAAAUGACUUGAAAAAAUAUGGUUUCAAAAGACUUACAUCACAUGAGAUUUUUGGUGUCAUCGGUCUCAUUGAGGUCAACGGUCUAUUGUUUGUCGGUGCCAUUACUGGUAAAUCAAAAGUUGCACAGCCAUGUCCAGGGGAAACUGUGAACAAGAUUUUUGCUGUUGAUUUUUUUUGUUUAAAUGAUGACAGUUGGGAUUUCAUUGAAAUCGAUUCUUCAGGCUAUCCUGUGCUACCUGAAACCGCUUCUACCGAAUAUCAAGACGCCUUACCAAAACAUCCAUGUUACGAAUUGAAAAAACUAUUAUCCAACGGAUCCUUCUACUACAGUUCUGAUUUUGAUUUAACAUCAACGUUACAGCAUCGUGGGUAUGGUCAACACUCUUUGAGUACAGACACCUAUGAAGAAGAAUAUAUGUGGAACUCUUUUCUGAUGCAAGAAAUGAUAACCUAUAGAGAUCAUUUGGACACAAAUUUGAAACAAAUCCUAGAUGAUGAGGGGUUUUUGACUACAGUUAUUCGUGGGUUUGCUGAAACUUUCGUCUCGUACGUUAUGAAAUUGAAAGUCGCUGUUACAAUUAUUUCGAAACAAAGCUGGAAGAGAGCAGGCACAAGAUUUAAUGCACGCGGUGUUGAUGACGAGGCAAAUGUAGCCAAUUUUGUAGAAACAGAGUUUAUUAUGUACUCUAGCCAGUAUUGUUAUGCUUUUACACAAAUUAGAGGCAGUAUACCUGUAUUUUGGGAGCAAGGUACGUCCUUAAUCAACCCAAGAGUACAAAUUACCAGAUCAUUUGAAGCCACUCAACCAGUAUUUGAUAAGCACAUCAUGAAAUCAGUAGUCAAGUAUGGGCCUGUCCAUGUUGUUAAUUUAUUGUCUACAAAGUCCUCGGAGAUCGAACUUUCAAAACGGUACAAAGAGCAUUUGACUAAUUCAAAGAAAUUUAAUUUUAACAAAGAUGUAUUUUUAACAGAAUUUGAUUUUCACAAAGAGACUUCGCAGGAAGGCUUUUCUGGCGUCAGAAAACUUAUUCCAUUAAUAAUGGAAUCUCUUUUAUCUUCCGGUUAUUAUUCUUAUGAUGUUAAAGAAAAAAAGAACAUUUCCGAGCAACAUGGUAUAUUUAGAACAAACUGUUUAGAUUGUUUGGACAGAACAAAUUUAGCUCAGCAAAUCAUAUCCUUAGCCGCUUUUAGGACCUUUCUCGAAGAUUUCCGAUUGAUUAGUUCAAAUUCUUUCAUCGACGAUGAUGAUUUUGUUUCCAAACACAACACCCUAUGGGCUGAUCAUGGUGACCAAAUCUCCCAGAUAUAUACCGGUACAAAUGCUUUAAAGUCCUCUUUUUCUAGGAAGGGUAAAAUGUCACUUGCUGGAGCAUUAUCAGAUGCCACAAAAUCAGUCAGCAGAAUAUACAUUAACAAUUUUAUGGAUAAAGAAAAGCAACAAAAUAUCGAUACUUUGCUGGGAAGGUUACCAUACCAGAAAGCAGUCCAGCUAUAUGAUCCUGUGAACGAAUACGUCAGUACUAAGUUGCAAAGUAUGUCUGACAAUUUCACUACCACCACUAAUAUAAACUUGCUAAUAGGAUCAUUUAACGUUAACGGCGCGACCAAAAAGGUUGAUCUAUCAAAAUGGCUAUUUCCGAUUGGUGAAAAAUUCAAACCAGAUGUUGUUGUUCUAGGUUUCCAAGAGGUUAUAGAAUUAUCUGCAGGUUCAAUUUUGAACGCUGAUUACUCAAAAAGUUCUUUUUGGGAAAAUUUGGUUGGGGAUUGCCUAAAUCAGUAUGAUGAUAAAUACCUGUUGUUGAGAGUAGAACAAAUGACAUCUUUACUGAUCUUAUUUUUUGUUAAAGCAGAUAAAGCUAAGUACGUAAAGCAGGUUGAGGGUGCCACCAAAAAGACUGGUUUUAGGGGUAUGGCCGGGAACAAAGGUGCAGUGUCUAUAAGAUUUGAGUACGGUGCCACUUCAUUCUGUUUUAUAAACUCUCACCUUGCGGCGGGCGCCACAAAUGUUGAGGAGCGUCGUAGUGAUUAUGAGAGCAUAGUCAGAGGCAUAACAUUUACAAGAACAAAGAUGAUACCCCAUCAUGAUUCCAUCUUCUGGUUGGGUGAUAUGAAUUAUAGAAUAAAUCUACCGAACGAGGACGUUAGAAGAGAGCUACAAAACCAAGAUGAAGGUUAUAUCGAAAAAUUGUUACACUUUGAUCAACUUACUCUAGGGAUAAAUUCAGGCACUGUAUUUGAAGGCUUUAAGGAACCAACCUUGAAGUUCCGUCCAACUUAUAAAUAUGAUCCAGGUACUGGAACCUAUGAUUCUUCUGAAAAGGAGAGAACGCCAUCUUGGACGGAUAGAAUUAUUUAUAAAGGAGAUAACUUACUUCCUUUGUCUUAUUCAGACGCUCCGAUAAUGAUUAGCGACCAUCGGCCAGUCUACGCGGCAUAUAGAGCAAAAAUUACUUUUGUUGAUGACAAGGAGAGACUAUCCCUCAAGAAACGUUUAUUCGCUGAAUAUAAGCAAGAGCAUCCUGAAGAACCGGGUUCUUUAAUAUCCGAACUUCUCAAUCUUAGCCUAGAUGACAGGAGUAGUGAUGGGUUUAAAAGUUCUUCCGAAAAUUCUCUACUAGAUAUCGAUCCAAUAAUGGCACAACCUGCAACAUCCAGCAUUGCUUCCUCAUCACCUGUUUCAUCAGCAUCGGUUUCAUUACAAUCUGUCAGAACUCAAGAUAUUAGCCAAUCUCACACUUCCACCAAGCCAAUAUUGCGUCCGCCACCUCCGCCUGCUCAUAAAUCUGUAUCAGCACCAGCCCCUUCAAUAUCAGAAAGAAACUCAUUAACACCACAAACUUCAACCGCAUCACUGUCAUCAUCUGUGGGAAAUGUUCUUCAAACAAAGAAACCGUUAGCACAGAAUAGACGAAUUCCACCACCAGGAUUUAAUCAGAAUAUUUUAACUCCAAAAAGUACUAGUAAUUUGACAUCACCUAUGUCAUCCAAGGUUGAUCUAUAUAAUGGCCUUGCUGAAACUGCACACUCAGCGCAGAUUACCAGACAACAAACUCCUUCACCAUCUUUCACAGCACCAAAGGAUGCUAAUAGGCAGUCAGAGACCUCAUUAUCCAAUGAAAAUCCCCUUGAGCUAGAGAAAAAAGCUAAAUUCAACCAUAUGACUUUAGAUUCAUGGCAGCCAUUGACCCCAAAAUAA